AUGGCUGCCAAACUCCUCAUCGUGCUCGUUGCUUUGACGGCGCAGACGCUCGCCUUCCCAAUUGCUCAAGAUCCAGCAACAGAACCUGCCGCCGGGGCUGGCGUCUGUUCACUGGACCCUCACGACCCAGCAUCAUGGGGUCCCUCUGGGGCCACCGACUUCAUGCAGAACUGGUUCUCCACGAAUGGAACCACAGACUGGCUGACAGCCAUGGAUGAUGGUACGACGACGACUGACGGGUUCAACUCGCCCCUUAACUGCAAGGCCCUUGGCGGCAGCACCUGUGUUGUGCCAGAUGUAGUCUGCGAAAACUUUACACCACCCGUCCUGCGUCUUAUACGCCUUGCCGCAACCAACGCACACGACUUCUUCACCAUGGCACACGAGAAGCUGCAAGACGUCACGAUCAGCGACAUUCUUUCAAUCGAUCAAAUCAUUGCCGACUUCGCUCCCGAUCAAGCAGCCGGCAGCUCAAUCAACCCUGUUGGCGUCGUCUCAGCUGGAGUCUUCGUCGCCUCGGGAAUCGCAGGCGUGGCUGGCGUUGCAGCCGCGGCGGCAGGCACGGCUGCAGGAGCCGCCGCAAUCGGGGCUGCUGCGGGACCCAUUGGUGCCAUCUUGGGUCUUAUAGGGGGUGCCUUGUUCUUGGAGACCUCCCUUGAUCCCUUGUCGCAGCCGGUCGAUAUGACAGAUGAAUGGCGGACAGUCGUCAGCGACCAGCUGGGCGGAACCUUCACCAAAGCUGCCGACUUGAUCGAAAAGCUCAACAGCAAGUUGUUCGGUGGGGACGCCGACCUCGAUCUCAGCGCGGUCCUCCAGUCCACAGGCACUACCUCUGACGGCCUUGAUCCGAUCGCUCAGAUUUUCUCGAGUGGAGCUUUUCUCGAAGACCUGGACGAGUCACCCUUGGACGAUGCCCUGGCAGCUGGCUAUGCUAGGAUCAAGCAGAACCUUGUCGCCGGACUUAUGCGGGCGCAAAACUUCUACGUCUUCAUCAACACCCAGCUCGCAGAGGCAGAUUGCACGGACACUGGCAGUCGCUUCAUCAACAACGAGUGUAUGAUCAUUUCCAAGCGGGUGGACAGCCCAGGCGGCACCAAACCUGUCGCUGCUGAGAUUUUGCUCAAGUUGGAUGACCCGAACGCUGGGUACAACAUCGACCCUGUGGAGAUGUACCAGAAUGCGGUCGACUGCAAUAGCAACCAGCUCGACACAAGCGUGAUAUUCGGGGAAGGACUCCCGAAGUGCUUUUGGAGUCUUCCUAUUCUUAGGGUGGACGGACCAAGCGUUUGUGCCUUGAUCCCGGAAGAUCUGUACUCUGCUCAAGGCUACUCGGCGGGCGUGGCGCUGACACGGUCGAAGUGCCAAGAUAUUUUCGACCCAGAGGCUGCCAGUGUUGCAUACUGA